UUUUUUUUUUUUUGUGAAACUAGCUCAAUAUUUUAUAGUUUAGUCAAACCAAUAAAAUGAGAAAUAUAAGAUUUGUUAUGUUUUUAUUGACCAAUUAAAGUCUAUGAAAGACGUGAUUAAAGAUUAACAUUUACAUUUAUCAUUUAGCAGACGCUUUUAUCCAAAGCGACUUACACAUGAGAACAAUAGAAGCAGUCAGGUCAACAAGAGAACAACAACAGUAUACAAGUGUCAUGAAAAUGAAAGAUACAAUGAAAUCAGAAAAUUCAGUAGAAGAUCAAGAAUCAGAGUACAUAAAAACAUAUGUGAAAGUCAACUUGUGUUUCAGUAGUCUAGCGUAUACAAAUGUAUAAAAACCUGACGUAAUUCAACGGAAGCGUUGUUUGACUCUAUGACGACUUCCGACAAAAAAAGCACCCGGAAACAUUUUGUUGUUGCAGUACGCGGAGACGUUGCCACAAGUUUUAUUCGCAGCAUAUAUCGUUUAUAUUGUGAGCUGGCACCAUGAUCAAUAGAUGGUUCUUUAUCUGUGCGUUUGCACUGCUGAUAAAUAAAGUCUCUCUGCAGGUCACAGUAGAGGGUUUUGUUGGUGGUUCUGUUGUCCUGCCGUGUUCUUCAACUGAACAUGAUCUUACACUUCAAGAUACUGAUGUCCAUUGGAGAGACAAAGACAGCAAGAUUGUGUUCGAUAUAGUUAAGGGUGAAGAUUCAAUAGCAGAACAAAACUCACAGUACAAGAACAGAGUUGAAACUUUCCCUGAUGAGUAUAAGAGAGGAAACUUCUCCAUAAUCCUCACCAAUCUUCAACACACUGAUGCAGGAGAGUUCAGCUGCUUCAUCACUCCCUCAGAUGAACAGAAGACUGUGGAGCUGAUCAUCACAGGAUCAACAGCAGAAAAAGGAAAUAACUUAUUUACUAUCUGGAUGACGAUAUUGACCUGUGUUUUUCUCUGUUACUUGCACCAACUGUUCUGUCUGUAACCUGUUUGAUUUUUAAAUGGAGAAAAGAGCUCAAGCUGCCUCAGAAGGAACAGUGGCAAACUUUGUUACAUUUAGCUAAAUUAGUACAGCUGUCAUUGUUUCUGUACAGUGCACACUAAUUCUAAGGCAUGUAUUACAAGUUUGAAACCUUUUUGUUCUGUUAUACUCUUGCUGUUUUACAAUAAAUAGAUAGAAUACAUACAUACAUAUAUAUAUAUAUAUAUAUAUAUAUA